GGGCGGAGCGGCCGCAGCCCCCCGCCGCCGCCGCCGCCGUGCCCCCAUGGGAGCCGGCUCCCGCGCCGUGUCCGUGCUGCGGCGGACACUGACCCUGUCCCCGCCGCGGAAGCCCCCGCGGGCAGCGGGCCGGCGGCGGGGACAGCAGCAGCAGCAGCAGCAGCGCUGCGGAGCCCCCGCGGCGCCCCCGGCCCCGCCGCCCGCCGCCCCCCGCCUCCGAACCGCGGCCCCGCUCUGCCCGCAGGACUCGCUGGGAUGCGGCCUCCGCACCUGCUACCGGUACCUCAACCAGACCAGCCGCAGCUUCGCCGCCGUCAUCCAGGCUCUGGAUGGAGAGCUGCGACAUGCAGUGUGUAUAUUCUACCUAGUUCUCCGUGCCCUGGACACUGUAGAGGAUGACAUGAGCAUCCCCUUGGAUGUCAAGGUCCCGAUGCUGCACGAGUUCCACUCCCACCUCUACCAGCCAGACUGGAAGUACACAGAGAGCAAGGAGAAGGACAGGCAGGUGCUGGAAGACUUCCCAACGAUCUCCAUGGAGUUCAGAAACCUGUCCAAGGUCUACCAGGAUGUGAUUUCUGAUAUUUGUCACAAGAUGGGGGUUGGGAUGGCAGAGUUCUUGGAGAAGAAGGUGGAUUCUCAGCGUGAGUGGGACAAGUAUUGUCACUACGUUGCUGGGCUGGUGGGGAUUGGCCUUUCCCGUCUCUUCUCUGCAUCAGAGCUGGAAGAUUCCAUCGUGGGGCAGGACACAGACCUGGCAAACUCCAUGGGCCUCUUCCUGCAGAAAACCAACAUCAUCCGUGACUAUCUGGAGGACCAGCUGGAGGGAAGGGAGUUCUGGCCCAGAGAGGUUUGGAGCAGAUAUGCCAAGAAGCUCUCAGACCUUGCCAAGCCAGAGAACAUCGACGUGGCCGUGCAGUGCCUCAACGAGCUCAUCACCAACGCCCUCCACCACGUCCCCGACGUCCUCACCUACCUGUCCCGCCUCAAAAACCAAAGUGUCUUCAACUUCUGCGCUAUCCCCCAGGUGAUGGCCAUUGCCACGCUGGCUGCCUGCUACAACAACCAGCAGGUGUUCAGGGGGGUGGUGAAGAUCCGCAAGGGCCAGGCCGUCACCCUCAUGAUGGAUGCCACGAACAUCCAAGCUGUCAAAGCCAUCAUGUACCAGUACGUAGAAGAGAUCUACCAGAAGAUCCCGAGCACGGACCCCUCGUCCAACAAGACGCAGCAGGUCAUCGCCUCCAUCCGCGCCAUCAGCCUGCCCGGCAGCCCCAUGGCCUCCCGCCACCACUACUCCCCCAUCUACCUGUCCUGUGCCAUGCUGCUGGCAGCCCUGAGCUGGCAGUACCUCAGCACCCUCUCCAAGGCCACCGAGGAGUACGUGCAGGCAGGAGACAACUGAAGGGCAGUGGCCGGCUGGGGGGACAAGUGGUGGCAGAUGGGUGGCAGGAGGCUCCUCGUCCCCUGCUGUGGGGAUGGUGACAAGUGCUCGUCCCCAGCACUGGGAUGGUGACAAGGAUGGGGCACUGGGGAGCUGCAGCCCCCGGGGUGGCAGUGUGGCACUGCUGGGCUCCAUCCUCACUGCCCUUGCUGUCUGCUUGGAUGGCUGCAAAUGCUGACUGGAGUCUUAGUGUUUGGGGUUGGGUAUUUUUUCCCCCCUUCUUUGCUGUUUACCUGAAUUUUUUUGGUGAUUUUUUUUUGUUUGUUUUGGUUUUUUCCAUUAGGAUGGUUUGAAAUAGAAACUCCAGUUGUUUCCUUUCUUCCUUGAGAUUUGAGGCAUCUUUCCAGCUCAGAGCUGAGCAAAAACCUGAGGGUUUUGCCUCCCUUUCUUAGGCAGCCUCUUCUCCCUCACCUCUGGUGCCUGCUCCAUGCUGGAAAGAUGCUGCUUCAGCUGGGAGAGGAACAUGUUUCCUUGUCCAAGGAAAAAGCUCUGGCCACUUUCUGGCCCUCAGUGAUUGACAUCCUGCAGCCUUUAUGCAGGCAGAGAGUAGUCACAUUUCUGUUGUGCUGAAGGAUGCUGAAAUGGGCCCUUUUCAUGUUAAAUGUAUGGGAGGUGAGGUACUCUGUCCACCUGAAUGUGCCCCCAGCUGACAGGCAGCUGUGCAGCUCCCUGCCCUGGGACAGAUGGCCCCUGCAGUGACACAGCUCUUGUUUCAGCUGUGGGGAAGUGGUUAAAAUGAGCAGGGAGCUGCCAGCACAGCCCUGAGCUCAUAACCCCAGGCCUGACUCCACAGCAGGCUCUGGGCUCUGCACUGGCCCAGCCCCAGGGGAUGGGUGGUGGUGGCAGAGCAAGGCAGGGGAGUGAGAGUUUGCACCCUGCUGUCCCUCAUAGGAUGCUUUUUUAGGGGGGAAUUGGUCACCCUGGAAGGCAGGAGUGAUCCCUGCCAGGAGCUGGGAAGGCUGGAGCCAUGGAGGGGGUGACCAGGGCAGGUUUCCCUGACCCACUUGGCUCUGGCUUUGGGUCACACUGAUACGUGAGCUGCAAGAGGCUCCCACUGCUGUCUUCAAACAGGCUGGACUUACAAGAGGAAACAGCACUCUGAAGGCAAGUCCUGUUCUCCUGGGGUGGAUUGUUGUUUUCAUGGUCCCUACCCACCCCCUUCAAAUGCUGCUUUGCUGUCCUGAAGGGAAGGAGAGUCCAUAUCCUGGUCGAGGACAGAGAUACCAGGUGCAGGGUGGUAGCUUUUCAAGGCCAAGCCCCUGUGGCCAGGCUGUUACUCAGAAGGAGAGCCCCUACUCCACAGUUCCUGGUGUAGAUUUAAGCUGUUGUUCUAAAGAAACUCGUGGUAGCUCUCUUUGUGCAGCUUCCCGUCUUGUUGAAAUUAAAAGUUUUCUUUGGGAAAAA